UGUCAGGAAGCCGGCACAAAAACAAAUACUGAACACGUUUCGCGGAAUUUACAAAACUGAAGAUAGAUCACUAAAAACCUUCCUGAAAUACCACAAAUGGCCAGCGUACAGGAGGGGAAGCCGCUGGUUUACCUGGAGGAGUACAAGCUGAAGCAGGAUGCCAACGAUUACGGGCUGGCGGAUGAGCUGUGGGACUUUGAGCGGUUCAAGCAGCAGCUGCAGAUCGUGGUCGUGCGGUAUGAGGAGAACGAGCUCGAGUUCGACAUGAUCGGCGUUAAUCCGGCCAUAGCGAACGUCUUCCGCCGGCUCAUGCUGAGCGAGGUGCCUAGCAUGGCCAUCGAGAAGGUGCACAUCUACAAUAACACCUCCAUCAUACAGGACGAAGUGCUGGCGCACCGGCUCGGCCUCAUACCGCUGCGUGCGGAUCCGCGUAUGUUUGAGUACAAAGCGAACGAAACCGAUCCUCCGACGGCACAGGACUCGCUCGAGUUUGAGCUGAAAGUAAAGUGUACGAGGAAGAACAAGGACACGACGGAGGUGACCAACAACGACAACAUGUACCGCAACCACAGCAUCUACUCGGGCCAGAUCAAGUGGGUGCCGAUCGGGAAUCAGGCCACCAUCUACACCGAUGCCGCUGUGGGACCGAUCGACGACGAUAUUCUGAUCAGCAAGAUGCGUCCCGGCCACGAGUUCGAUAUCAAGCUGUUUGCUGUGAAGGGCAUCGGCAAGGAUCACGCCAAGUUUUCGCCGGUCGCGACGGUGUCCUAUCGCAUGCUGCCGGAUAUCCAGAUUAUCCAGCCCGUCAUUGGAAACGAUGCGCGACUGUUGCAGAAAUGCUUCUCGCCCGGUGUGAUCGAGAUCGAUAAGAGCGAUCAGGCGUACGUAAAGGAUGCCCGGUACGAUAGCUGCAGCCGGAACGUGUACCGCUAUCCACAUCUGGCUGAUUCCGUGAAGAUGGCACGUGUAAGGAAUCAUUUUAUCUUUACGGUAGAAUCACUCGGUGCGCUUAAACCGGACGUGAUCUUCCUCGAGUCGGUGAAGGUGCUCAAGAAAAAGUGUCGAAUGUUCCUGGACGAAAUAAAGGGUCACUAGAUGGA